CUAAUCUUUAUGGGAUUUUGUUUGAGUAGACAAGCUUGACAUAUUCAUGAGCCAAACUAUUUUAUUUAUUAAUGUUUUGUUUUACCUUAUGAAUGAACAUAUAUCUGAAUCAAUGGUCAGAGGUCAUGCUGUAUAUUGUCAACUCAAUGGGAUUGAAUUGAAUCUUCUGGAGUCACAGCAACACCUGUGAUGAGUGUCCACGAGCGGUGGAGAGAUCAGAGCUUUCUUUUGUUCGACCCCUGCCGAUGAGGUCAAAGGUCAUUCAAAUGGUCAUAUGACAGCAGUGUGGACGAGAAGCAAGACAUCUUCAUGGUGAAAUGCCCCCCAUCAUGCGCAGGAGGCAGAACUGUGCGACGCAAGCUGCCUUCCUGACCAGACACGGGUCGAGGGAGACGGACGGCUGUCUGAGGAAAGCUCAGUUUCACAUGGACCUCUGGUGCCGUUUCACCCUCCAGAACUGGCUCCUGGACUUCGGGAGACCCGUAGUCAUGAUUGUCUGUCCUGUGGAGUGGUUCCCUUUAAACAGACCCAGUGCUGGAGACUAUUUCCACAUGCUGUACAACAUCACCACACCAUUCCUGCUGCUUAAGCUCAUAGAGCGAAGCCCGAAGACUCUGCCCCGCUCCGCCGUUUACCUGUGUAUCAUCACGUUUGUGAUGGGCUCGAGCGCACACCUGAUGGGAGACUCCAUUAACCAUCGGCUUCUGCUCAGCGGAUACCAGUUACACCUGAGCGUCAGGGAAAACCCCAUCAUGAAGAACCUCACACCACAAACCCUGAUUGACUCGUUUGAGUUGCUACAGUAUUAUGAUGAAAGUCUGGGUCAUUGCAUGUGGAGUGUUCCUCUAUUUCUCAUCAUGUUCCUGUAUUUCACUGGCUGUUUCACUAUUGUCAAAUCAGAGAGGAAGAUGCCCGUCUCUGCUUGGCUUCUGCUGGGUCCCAGUGGCCUUUACUACUGGUAUCUUGUAACGGAAGGACAAAUCUUCAUCCCCUUCAUCUUCACCUUUUUUGCCAUGACGGCUACAGUCGUGCACCAGAAGCGUAAAGGUUUUCUGCCCGACAGUAACGGACUGUUCCUGCUCUACAGUUUCUCAAUGUCACUCGUGUUAGUGACCGUCUGGGUCGUCUGUCUGUGGAAGGACACGGUGUUACGCAAGAAAUACCCAGGAGUGAUGUAUAUACCAGAGCCGUGGGCCCUUUACACACUUUACCUGAGAGACAAACACACAACGCUCACAGACUGAACGCACAGAUCACUGUCAGGGCAGAUCAUGACUGGCAUUUGCAUCAUAAACUCUUCAUUAAUGUCACAUUGUACCUUCAAAAAUUGACUUUGUGCACAGCUGGCAUCCCAUGAAUUUAUGCAAAAUUAGUCAAUUUCCAUCAGCCAAGGUCGUGCAUUCUAUUCUAUUCUUUUCUAAAUUGUCAAGAUACACUAUUGUUCAAACGUUUGGGGUUAGAAUGUUUUUUUAUUUUUUUAAGAAAUUAAUAUUUUUAGUCAGCAAGGACAGAUCACUGACAGAUAACUGAUCAGAAGUGACAGUAAAGACUUUUAUAAUAUUAAGAUUUCGAUUCAGAUCAAGGCUGUUCUUUUCAACUUUUUAUUCAUCAAAGAAUCCUGGAAGAGGGAAAAAAUCAGACCAGCUUUUUUACUGAAGGGUUUGUUAAUAUAAUUCGCCUGAUAGUAUUUUCUCUGAUUUAGAGAGUGAUAAAACAGAUAUCCAAAAUAAAUAUCAACAAAAUAAAAAAUAUUUUUGAAACCUG